ACUCCGGUCUCCGCGAUCUGUGCAAUAUUAUUGUGCCGGUGUAUGUGUUUUGUCAAAGUGAACUUAAUAAUUGCUUAAGCCUUAUAAGAUAAUGGCCGACAAGAAAAAAGAAAACGAACCAGAAGCCGAAGAGGAAUUUUCUGUUGAAAAAGUUCUGGACAGGCGCAUUAAGAAUGGUGUUUUGGAAUAUUACUUGAAAUGGAAAGGAUACAGUGAUGAAGAUAAUACAUGGGAACCAGAGGAUAAUCUUGAUUGUCCAGAUCUUAUACAAGCCUUUGAAGAAGCAAGAAAGAAGAAAGAAGCUGAGGGAAAAAUGUCAAAAACUGAUAAGGAUUCAAAGAAGCGUAAAUCAGCCGCAGCCACACCUGAUCUCAAAGGUGCAAAGAAAGCCAAAAGUGAUGACAAGAAAGCAUCUGGUUUUGAUCGUGGAUUAGAACCAGAAAAAAUAAUUGGCGCUACGGAUAGUAGUGGUGAACUCAUGUUCCUCAUGAAAUGGCAAGGAACAGAUGAAGCAGAUCUUGUACCAGCAAAACAAGCUAAUGUGCGGUGCCCACAAGUAGUUAUUCAAUUUUAUGAAGAAAGGCUCACAUGGCACACACCAGCACUCGAUGAAGGAAAUAAUGAAGACUAAAUAAGACUAAUUUAAAAAAAAGAAGGUGGGAGAGUAUUCCUGAAAUGAGAACACUUUUAUUAGAAUUAUAUUAUUGAUGAGUUUUGACUAUUUUUUCAUAGGAAAAACUAACUUAAAUUAAUUGUUCCAUGGCUGUUUUUUUAUCACACUCCCAAUUGUAUCAUUCCUUUUGUAACAUUACAAAUUAGAAAUUUUAACUUAUUCAGUAAAAUCGACUUGAACUUCUAAGUUGUGGUUGGACUGUAUUUCGCUUUAGGAUUCAUUUCGCUACUGUUUUUAUUUGUGCAAAGCGAUUUGAAAUGGAACAUUAUUUUUAUAUCUUUACGAUAGUAUAUAAGAAAAAAAGUAUUUUUACUUUAAAUAUUAAUCACAGCAAAAAUGUUCUCAUCAAACCAUAUCUCUCCAGUCUGUCUAAUAAACUAUUCUAAGGCGAGGCAAAUAAAAUUAUUCUUUAUAUACCACAAAUUAUAAUUUUCUAUGUAGGUAUAAUAUUUUGACUACAGAAACACUACCUACAUGUAUGAUGAAAUAUAUGGCACAUUGAUAAAAGUUAUUAAAAAUUAAAAUAUAUUUUCAAUGUUUUCGUGUUUUAACCGAUACUGCAUUAGUUAGGUCAUAUGCUAUGAUGUUGAUCAGCAAAAACUUCGUUGUUAGCUUUCUUGCCAAAUUUAGGCAUUUUUAUUGGCAUUGUAAUCCAGUCUAUAAAGUAACAAAAAAUAUUGACCUCAUCAACACAUAGGUACAACUAAGUUUCUUAGUUGUAAGGUAUAUUGGGAUGAAUAUUUAAGGCACAAUAAAAUAGUUUUUAUGAGCUUUUUUAUUAUAUAGAUCGUUUUAAAUUUCGAGAACCAUUUUUUUUCCAAAAUUUGAUCUUUUGCAGAAUUUGUCGCCGUUUAGACUCUAGAUUCCCUUAGAUCCUACAAGAUUUUGUUUAAAAACACAUUGUAGGUUAAGCAAUACUAUUAUUGUCAUUCCUCCUCUAUCGAUACAUUUCAAAUUCCAAAUAAUAGCUACGAAUCAGUCUAUUUACUUAAAGAAUACUACAUCUAUUUACAAGAUUGAGCUUUGUAUAAAACAUCUACUAUGAAAGCGGCUCGAUCUGGAAGUGAACUAAUGAAAAGCGCAAGUUAUUCAUCAUUAUAUUUUACAGCCAAUUCACAGUAAUAAUUGAGCAUCAGAGCCAGAACGCACCAAGUGUCCAUCAUUGUGUAGUUUACUGUUUGUGUACUUUUGUAUAUAUUUGUGUGUUUUAUAAAUGUACAUUGACACUUAAUAAAAUGUGUUCGAUGUUAUGAAGAUGGAUGUCACUAGAAAGCAUAUUGCGAUGACGUCAUAUGCUUAAUGGUUACAACAGAAGCGUUUUUAUUUGGAAAAGUGAAAUAGUUUUGUUCUAUUAGAACCAUAAUUUGAGUCGACUAUUAUCAAAGCCGGCAAUGUGACUUUUGGACAAUUAUUGGUAAAUCAGAAAAACGAAUUAUUGACUUUGUAUUCCAUUGG